AAAUUCCGAGUUGAAUCUAUAUUAUAAUAGUCUUAGAUUGUAUUUUCCUUUAUUAUAGCAGAUAGAUUAUGGUUUGUUUUAGGGUUUUGAAACAUAUUGUAUGGACUACUUUUCCUAGGCUCCUGCCCACUUCCCGCCAACUCAUGCCCAGGGCAGCCAUCGCGCGGAAGCAGCGGCAUCACGCACAAGUGCUGCAUGACCGCAUCAUCAAGCAGCUUAGCAAACGCUGAUGACCCCGCGAAACCCAAGUUGGUCAGGCGAGGAAAAUGGCUGAAGAAGAAGUUGUAACUAUAGUAAAAGCUGAAGAGGAGGAUGUCGAGGAUGUUGGUGACAUUGUAACUGAUGUGACACAUGUAGAUGAUGUUACUGAUGUGAUGCACGUUGUUACUGAUGUAAUUGAGACUGCAUCCCUCUCAUCGGAUGAUGAACCAGCUAAAUACGAUCCAUUUGCUGGUCAGAAGAGGGCUUUUCCUAGUGACAUAGCUGACGGCGCUCCUCCUUCCAAGAAGAUUUAUGUUCCCGAUUUUCCAAAAGAGGACCAGAUAAAACUGGUGGAACAGGUACGUCAGCAGAUACCCAAGAAAGACAUCCACUCGUACAAGUCCCAAGUGAAGAAGAUUGACUGGCGUGAGGUCGCAUUUGGAACAUACUCCGACAGUGAAUGCCAACGCCAAUGGGUUAUGCUGCAAGAAAACAUUCGUAAGUACAAGACAUUGUCAGAUGUAUCAGCAGAGAUUAUAGUCAAUAUCAAGGACCCUAACACAAGCCUGAAGAAAUGGCAAUCGCAUCCAGAAAUGCCGAAGAAACCAAUGACGCCAUUCUUUCAGUUCUACCAUUCCAAGGCUAAGAAGUUGCGAGCCAGAUUCCCGGAGUUGUCGCAAAUUCAAAUUACACAGAAAUGCUCUCAGCUGUUCAAGGAACUGCCUGAAGAGAAGAAACAAAAGUAUGUAAGUCUGUAUGAAGUACAGAAUGAGCAGUACAAAGGGGCACUGAUUGCUUUCAGACUUAAGUAUCCAGAAUAUGCUGUAUUUUCAAGUAAGAAAAACACAGCUGGGCCACCAAAGGCUAGCACUCCAUAUCAACUUUGGGCUAUCAGUAAAAUGGACAGUUACCUUGCUAAGUAUCCAGAUAUGCUGAAGAAAGAACGAGAUGAAAAAAUGAAAGAUACAUGGCGGAACCUCUCUGAGAAGAAACGCAUCAAGUGGAUCAAAGCCUCUGUUGAAGAUGACGAGCGGUUUGAGAGUGCACUUGAGGAAUACUGCAAGGGCCAUCCCGACUACAAGCCGCCAGAUAAACGCACAGUGCUCACAAAGGACGAGUUGGAACUCAAGGAGAGGUUUGAUGGCAAGCCUGAUCGUCCACCUCUAACUGGUUAUGCACUGUUCUGCAAAGAAAUGUUACCGCUCCUAGGUGACGACGUACCCAACAAAGAUAAAUUUGUCGAGUGCAGUCUGCGUUGGAAUCAGUUAGAUGCCAGCAAGAAGGAGGACUACAAAGAACGUGUCGAGAAAAUGCGUAUCAUGUAUGAGCGGGAAUUAAACAAUUACGUUGGCAACCUGCCAGAGAACGAACAAGAGAGGUAUCACGCAGAACUGAAGAAACUAAAGAAAAGCCCUGCAGCAUCCGGUGGGCGAGGAGGAAAGGGAAAAUCUAAGGUAAGGAGUACGUCAUCUAAGCCUAAGAAGCCAAUCUCUGCCUUGUUCUUGUACACCAAUGAGCAUCGAGCAAAGUGCAAGAGCAAGCAUUCUGAUUGGACAGACACAGAGGUCACACGACACUUGGCUAGGAAGUUCAGUGAACUACCAGAUAAGAAGAAGCUUAAGUAUCGGCGUCUCGAGGCUGAAGCUAGGAAAGAACUGAAUAACUCCAUGGACAGUACUGCUGCUUUUAUUGCGGAUGGCCGUAAAGUGUCGGCUUUUGAACUAUGGUCAAAUACAAAGCUGAACCAUGUAAUGGAUGAGCAGAAGGUUACAAAGCAGAAGGCUUUGUUUAUCCUAAAGAAGGAAUGGGAAGCAAUAGAAAAGUCCGAAAAGUCACCUUGGGUCAGACAAGCUGAAGCAAUUAACAAUCAAAUUGAGAAUGAAGAUAAAGACAAACUUCUGUUGGCUGGAUCACCAAAAAAACCCAUACAUAACACAUACCAGAUGUUCACAGCGGAUGUUGCAAGAACUCCAGAAUUUAUGGCAAUGGAAAAUCGAGAGCGACUCCAAGAGAUUGGUAGACGGUGGCGAGCUCUGUCCACCAAUGAGAAGAAGAAAUAUGAACAAAGAAAGACACAAGCAUGGAAAGAGUACCAGAAAUUACUUGAUAAAUAUAUACAGAGCCUCUCGUCUGAGGACAGGAAGCGUUUUAAGGAAUUAAUGGCAGUGAAGAAUAAGGGCAAGAAGCCACCACCAGCAUUCCUUAAAAAUUCAAUGUCGGAGGAAGAUUCAGAAUCCGAAUCCGAUUCAGAAUCUGGUUCAAGCUCAUCCGAUAGUGACUCUGGCUCCAGCUCGGACUCAGACUCGGAGAGUGGCUCGGAAAGCACCUCAAGCAGUGGUUCUGGAUCAGGAUCGUCCUCGGAAUCCGGCAGCGGCUCAGACAGCGGAAGCGGCUCAGACUCGGAAGAAUAAUGCUGCUUGUCACAGGAUGACUGACCUCAUUAGGAUUUAAAAAAUAUAUAAUUAGGUCAAUGACAUGAUUAGGUCAAUGGCCUUGUAUACCAGCUGAUCAGGAUAACAAGCAGCUGAUUUUGCAAUGCACAGCUAUACUGCAUUAUGCAACAUUAUACUUCAAUAUUGCUAUAAGUACUGCAAAUUUAAGAAUAGAGUGACGUUCAGCAAAACCAGUCCAAUGUUUGUAUAUAAAUCGUUCUGCUGUUAAAUACUAGCCUACUUUGUUAUCACUGGUAAUACAUUCUGGGCAAAACGUGAUUAUAUAUGCGAUCAAGGAAGAGAAGUAUGUUUUGAGAUUACUCAAACUUUGAUGGCUCAAGUUAGUCGUUCAGUUGUUUAAAGGAUGUUUGCUAUUUAGAUUUGAAUGAAUUUACAAAGCAUUCAAUGUGUUUCCCUUAGUGAUGGCACCACAUAGUAACACUGGGCAAUGUUCCCAAGAUUUCAGUGUCAUCAUUAAAUAGAUUGGUGCCCACACACUGUUUCCUUAUUUUAUGAGUCCAGAGUUCCACUGUUUGCUUUCUGUCUUGUUGGCCAUGUGAUAUUAAUACAUUAUUAUAUUACAUGGAUUCAUUUUAAGUGCUAUGAAGAAAAGUAAUUGAGAAUGAAUAAUUGGGUAAUUAAUGUAUCUGUUGUCUGUUAUAUAAAUUGUUCGUCAAAUCGGGUUACAGAAACUGAAUUUUUCUAUUAAAAAUAUAACUACUUCCAGCCAUCUAAACUUCUUGGGUUUAUAUCAUUGAAGUUAUUGGCUAAUGUUGUUGGCCAAAUCAAUCUAGAUAAUUUAAGGCAGCUUUUUGAAGCAUCUCUUCAAUAGACAUGGUGUAAUGCAUAACAUUAAGUCAGUUCACACAGAAUACAACAUAUUAAGGGUAGGCUAACACCGACUAUAGAUUUAAUCAACCAUGCUGUAAGGUCUGACACUGUAUAUAAGGUCAUGGAUCAACGAAACAAAUGGUAGUGGCAGAGCAGAAGAGAAAGCCUUUGAAAAUGUAUCACUAGCAGCAAUAUUGUAAAUAAUGUGAAGAAAGGUGAUGUAAGUAAAGCUGAACACAAUUUGUUUUUGACCAAGCUUAUUUCAAUAUUUAUUCAGGAUUAAUAUAGUACCGUGCGCAAUUGCAGUCCAACACCAUGGGGAUCGUAUUGAUUAUUCUUGAUAUUUAUAGGAAUGGUUCUGAUUGGUCAUUGUGAAUUCAAACAUAGAUGACAUGAUUCAAAACAAUUAGUGAUUGGUUUAUUGAUAAAAGGAGUUCGAAUUGAGCAAAAAUUUAUUGUAAAUGUUACAGAUUUGUAUUGUUAAUAACAAUAGUAUUUCUCAAACAAGAUUUUGAAGUGUUAAGAUGAUAGAGUUGAUUUUUUGAUGUUCUGGGGUUUUUAUUAUUUAGAGAGAGUGAGAGGUGAAUACUGUAUUGAAUGUGUUACCAAUGUUUAGUCACAGGGUUUGGAUGUUUAAAAAUGUAUUUUGAUGUUGCCAAUGUGUUAGGGAAACCCUGAUGUUUAUUGCAACAAGUAAAUAGGAAUUGUGAUUUUUUUUAUACGAAAGUAUACCAACAGAUAGAUGAGCAGUGUGCAAUGAGGGAGAUGAUUGCUCCUCCCACAUUUAUAAAAAUGGCUUGUGAUUGGUGGAAUGAAGUGAUAAUUGACAAGCGGGUAAAGUGUGUGACUGACCACUGGAACUAAAUGAAUUGCAUGUACAUUUUGCAUAAUUAGGAUUCAAGACAGAAAUUUAGAGGUAACUGUUAGUUUUCAAGUGUAAAAUUGUUUAAAAAAAUGAUGCUGUAUAUAAAGAAAUUUUGUUUGUUUUCAGGUUUUAAGUAUUUUUGUGUUUAAUAUUAUUUGUCUUGAUAGUAGCCCUGUUGAAAUUAACAUUUGUAAAGGUACAAAAACUUUGAAAGCACAAUUAAAAAUAGUGUAUAUUUAGCCGUGAUUAUACCGUCAAUGAGUGUUUCCAGAGCGAUGUAAUUCUUUUGCCGGGAUUGACGUUAGCCCAUCAGAAAAUUAGUGGCUUACGGUUAAAAUAUAACCUGCCUUAAAAUAUUGUGUAAAAAAAAUAUCAAUCAGUUAAUGCCUUGGUAUUUUCAUAUUGAGUUUAGAAAAUGGAACUUCAAUUUUAUUCUCCAGUGCAUAAAAAAUGUUUAAAAUGUUAGUAUGUUUUCAACACAUUUGGUUUAUUGCUGGAGGAUUGUCACACUCGAUCAGUAGAAUAGAUCUUUCAAAACAGGUAUAAGAAAAUGCCUGUGUUGUGUAAAUCUUGUAAAUUAAUUUUAUUUUAACAACCUUAACAUAUUUUUAAACCAUGAGUUUUCAUAAAAUUGUAUGGUACGUACCAAAGUAUUUCCUGAUAACAUAAAAUGUAGACUGUUUUCUCUAUUUUCUUGAAUUUUGAAACAUUGGUAUCUCAAAAAAUAUUUUUGUUUCUCGGUAUUGAUAAAAUGUUCCUUCCUAGUUCAAAUUGGAUAAAUACGUCAUACACAUGAAAUCUUUCAUUGGUAUUAAUGUCUUUGGAAUGAAAUUAUUUUCUUGUUCCACAGGUCCAAUACCAUUUCAGCGACUAAUUUCUGGCAAUGAGUAUUUAAUGUGUUUCAAACCUACAUUUAGUUGCUCCCAACCUUUUUCCAAGACCAAUUAAAAGCUAUAAAUUGUAA